CGCUCUGCUCUGCCACCGCCUCUGCUGCUCUGUUCUUCCUCUUCACUGCAGAGAGGGAGAGAGAGGGAGGGGGGCCGGAGGGGGCGUAGCUUCUUGCAUCAACAAUGGUGGAUAGUGACGAUAGUUUUGAGUGGGAAAGUGAUGGUGAGGCCGAACCCUCAUCAGCCCCGGCCUCGAGGAACAUGGAUGCUGCUGGUCUGUCAACAUUGGAUCCUAAUGGGCGGGCCAAUGGGGAAGCACCACCUAAUUCCUUAGUCGAGGGAUAUGUGGGAAUGGGUUUCAAAAGAGAGAUGGUCGUGAAGGGCAUUGAAGAGAUUGGUCACAAUGAUUCAAAUGCAUUGCUUGAGCUACUUCUCACAUAUAAGACACUAGGCGAUGAGGCUGCGGGCAAUUGCUCUACUUCUGGCCUCAUCCCCCGUAGCACUGAAGAUGACGAUGAUUUUGAUUUUGAAAACUGGGAUGGAGAUGAUGAUGCUGAUGGGAGAGAACCCAACUCCGAUGGUUCUGGUCGUGAGGAGUUUCUACGAGAGAUGUCAGAGAAGGACAACAAGAUCAAGUCCUUAGUAGACAUGGGUUUUCCUGAAGAUGAAGCAAAUAGGGCUAUUACCAUAUGUGGUGUGGAUACUGCUCUUUCUGUAUUAGUCGAUUCGAUCUAUGCAGCCCAAGCUGCAGGAAAUUGUAGUUAUAUGAAUCCAUCUGAAUAUGAGGUUACCGAUAGGGGCUUUGAUUCCUUUGGAGGGAGAAAGAAAGCAAGACUGAUGGAAGAUGGCAAGAAAAAGAUGAAACGUUAUGGAGGUGGAGCACAAGGAAGCCGAGCCCCCUUGGAAGGUUACCAUGGUGAACGAAUGCCUCUCCCACAUCCGAUGGUUGGAUUCAACCUACCUACUGAUAGGUUACGGUCAGUGACAAGAAGUCUUCCUAAACAAGCUAUUGGGGCACCUUAUUUCUACUAUGAAAAUAUGGCUCGAGCUCCAAAAAGUGUAUGGAUGGAAAUUUCCAGAUCCUUGUAUGACAUAGAGCCUGAGUUUGUGGAUUCUAAGUAUUUCUGUGCAGCUGCUCGGGAAAGAGGCUAUAUCCAUAAUUUGCCAAUUGAGAAAAGGUCACCUCUCCGUCCUCUCCCUCCAAAGACCAUAUUUGAGGCCUUUCCUCAUUAUAAGAAGUGGUGGCCUGCCUGGGACCACAGAGAGCAGCUCAAUUGCUUUGAGACCCGUGUGGCAACUCCAAAUCAAAUAAAACAGAUCGAAUGUGCUCUUGCAAGAACAAGUAAUCCACCACCUGUAACAGUUCAGAGGUAUGUAAUGGACCAGUGCAGAGAAUGGAACCUUGUUUGGGUUGGAAAGAACAAGGUUGCCCCUCUAGAGCAAGAUGAGAUGGAAUAUUUACAUGGUUUUCCAAAAAACCAUACGAGGGGGGUUGCCUGUAAAAAGAGGUACAUGUGUCUUGGCAAUUCUUUCCAAGUUGAUACUGUGGGCUACCACUUGUCAGUGUUGAAAGACAUGUUUCCCAAUGGUAUUAAUGUCCUGUCCUUAUUCACUGGCAUUGGAGGAGCAGAGGUAGCCUUGCACAGGCUUGGAAUCCACAUGAAGACAGUGAUAUCUAUUGAGAUAAGUGAAGAUAAUAGAAGGAUUCUAAAGGGUUGGUGGGAUCAGACCCAAACUGGCACGCUAAUUGAGAUUGCUGACGUGAAGUCUCUCACUAAUGAUAGAGUUGAAUCAUUUAUUAGAAGAUUUGGUCGCUUUGACUUAGUGAUUGGGGGCCUGGAGGGCGAGCAACCUGCUUUGUUCUACCACUAUUCUAGAAUCUUGAAAGCCGUCAAGUCGGCUAUGGCAAGGAUUUAGCCGAAGCUAUUACUGGUGAUCAGUCAAAAAGAUCUUGUUUCUUGGAUCAGUUGCUGUCAUUAUGUGAGGUUUGUUCUGCUCGCUGUGUAUAGUUUGUUUUGAUCCUAGUGAUAGUAGAUACCGGUUGAUACUUUGUUGGUGUUCUAUCCUCUGUGUAUGGUUUGUUUUGAUCCUAGUGAUAGUGGAUGUUGGUUGAUACUUCUAGGUUUGAGUGAUUCAGGUUUUAUGAUCACGUUAAUGUAUGCAGUAUUCCUCACAAUGAUCAGGCCCCUUUUCAUAUUCACAUAGCACAGAAAUAGGAUCCGGUAUAUGGAAAGUAAUGUCUUCUAAUUUACUGAUUCUGAUUUCAUUGACCAGUUGAAGCAUUUAACUAUAUACUAAAAAUAUAAGCAUCAGGGCAGUGGGCUUAUGGAUUUAUAGUCCAUUUUCUUAUUCUAGUUGGAGUAGUAUUUGCACAGUGUCGUUUCAGGAUGUCUGGUUCUUAUGGUUAUGGUAGCGCAUGCACACUGUGCAUUUUUAAUCUCUUUUUUUGUCCUAAUAAUCAAUUAGUUGGUCCUGUUCGUUUCCUUGGAGCUCCUCUGAUUGUAAUACAUGCAUACAUAGAGAAACUUGCGAUCUAAUCACCAGUUAGUUUGGUCCUGUUUGCUUCCAUUUAUUGUUUACUUUUUGCGUAUAUAAUGUUCAUUUGAGGUAUUCCCUGGUAGCCAGCGUUAACUAAAAGUUCAUCCUAGGUUGGACUGGGAUGCCUGAUGCCCUUGUCAAUCCCCAUGUCUAGCAUUUAUAUGAUAUUUCAAAAGUAGAAACUAUGUGCAUAGUGAUUUUAUAAGGUCCAUUUUUCCUGAGGAAAAAGGAACAGCGGUUCUAACAUUUCAAGGGUUUGGCACAGCUUUUCUUUAUUUACUUCAUUUGUUUAUUCAAUAUAAGGAAACCAAAGGUGCCUACUGUGUACAUUGUUUUUUGGUUUUGUAUGUGUACUAUGGCCAAUCUUGACGGUGGUGUCUGGUUGUUUAAUGAGGACCCUAACUAAGAUGGUACCUGGUUGUUAGAAUAUUGUAGCAAUGUACCUGUCUGGGCAGUACAUCCUCCUUGGUGCUUAUACUAUUCAGUUUCCCCAGAGGACAUCAGUUUGGAAAGAAGUUUCUUCCUGUUUCAUGUCACUUCUUGGAUAUCUGGGUGCAAACCAACUACUGCUUGGAGCAACAAUUACCACUGUAAACAGAAAGCUUCAGGACACAUGGUAUUCAUGUAGGCAGCAUAUGAUGGUGUAAUAAAAAGCUAGAUGCAUUUUAUAUAUUUCUUUUGACAUUGACAUCAGGCUUGUUUUUCUGAGUUCCUAUGGCUGAUCAUAUAUCCUUGAUGUGUAGGACUGUUCUUCUGUGAUUCUGACAAGUCGUCUUUGCACUUUUUGGACUAUAAGGUUGAUAACUUGUUCCUUUGUACUUCCAGUGAAAGAGGAUGACCAAGUAGAUAGACUAGUUAAUACGAUAGCUACUGGUAGUGUGGAUCAUUCCUGGAUACCAUAUUUUGGAUAAAUCCUGGACUAUUAUUGCCUUUUUCCACACUACUUGAUAAUAUACUGAAGAUCCUGUUUGACAUGUUCCAGGAAUUUUA